UCAAGAAGAAGAAACUUCGUCACUCUGUAUUAUCGAAUCCAAGAUAUUUGCGUCUCUUUAGCUCAUAUUCUUCUCCGGCAGCUAGAGAUGAGUGGGAGGAAGAAGGUUUUGGUGGUCGGAGGUACGGGCUACUUGGGGCAGCACCUUUUGCAGGGUUUCUUAGAGGUCCAAGACAGCCAUUAUGAUCUGGCAUUUACUCAUCACUCCACUCCUCCGAAGGCCCUGCUCGAUGUCAUCCCUCACGCUCUUGCUUUCCACGUCGAUUUGCAGUCUGGACAAGGAUUCGAUGCUAUUUCGCACGCAUUUGGCCAGCCCCAUGUGAUCGUUAAUUGUGCUGCACUUUCAGUACCUCGUGCUUGUGAAAAGGAUCCUUCAGCUGCUAUGUCGCUCAAUGUACCUUGCUCCCUUGUAAACUGGUUAUCAAGCUUUAGGGAGAAUAAUGCUCUUUUGAUCCAUCUAUCGACUGACCAGGUUUAUCAAGGGUUGAAGUCCUUCUAUAAGGAAGAAGACGAAACUCUUCCUGUAAAUGUUUAUGGCAAGUCAAAAGUGGCAGCGGAGCAGUUUAUUUCAGAUAAAUGCUCAAAUUUUGCGAUUUUGAGAAGCAGUAUCAUUUUUGGGCCACAGACUAUGUCACCUGUCCCAAAAUCCCUUCCAAUUCAGUGGAUUGAUAGUGUCCUCUCCAAAGGGGAGGCAGUUGAGUUUUUUUAUGAUGAGUUUCGCUGCCCAGUGUAUGUCAAGGAUGUUGUGGCUAUCAUUUUAAAGUUAUCGAACAACUGGAUAUCUGAGGCUAAGCAGACGCGGUUGCUGUUGAAUGUUGGUGGACCUGACAGGGUAUCCCGUGAGCAAAUGGCCAAGUCUGUGGCACUCAUUAAAGGAUAUGAGACCUCCUUAAUCAAACCGGUUUCUGCAUCAUCAGUUGAUCGAGGGGUCAAGUCCCCAGCAGACAUAUCCAUGGAUAUCAGAAAGCUGGUUCAGACACUAAGUAUUCAUCCUACUCCAUUCGUAGAUGGUGUUAGAUUAACCCUCAACACUGAAGCUAGGCCGUGAUUUCAUGAAGUUGAAGUUGUGGUUGAUUGCUUCUACAUCCAGAGAUGCCAUCCGAAGCCACACUACAAAUUAUAGUGUUGUACAUUAUAUAGUAAUUUGACUUUUGAUGGCAUUGGUAACAGUAUGUCCGCAAAGAGUGCACUUGGUUGUAAACUUCCUUGGUGUGAACCGUGGUGGAUUCCCUGUGAGAGAGAACUAGGCCUCAAGGGCUCCUCACAAGCUCAGGUCCUUAGCACAGGUCAGUGCCAUUUGGGUUGUUAAAAUGUCUUGGGGUGUUUAUGACCAUUUGGGUUCAAUUGAAAUGUUGUUCAAGUGUUACCAUGCA